AUGUCGAAUGAAGAUGAUCUAAUAUCUUCACUUUAUCCACCGCCACCUCCGUUCGUAAAGUUUUUCACUGAGGAAAAUCUCGCGAAAUUGCAGGAAUGGAAAGACCAACAAUCACAACAACAACAAGAAGAAGAUCCCGAUGACAAAAAGGAUGGGUCGAGCGUGCCGCCUAAAGAACUACAAUUUCUAGUUCCACCGGCAAAACCAGCAGGCACACAAUAUCGCGGUUACGGAAACAUAUGGUCCUUCGAAGACAAACUACCGAACCUCAAGGACACGCAAUGGACCCAACUUUAUCAAGACGACGCGAGCCUAACUUCCGAAUCCAAGAUCCAGGAACUCCACAAGAUCAUGGACUCACUCUUGCUCAAUUUCUUGGACUUGGUGGGAUUGCUCAGUGUCGAUCCGGGGAAAUUCGAGCCGAAAAUACAAGAUAUCAGUUUAUUGUUGAUUAAUUUCAAUCACUUGUUGAACACGUAUCGGCCUCAUCAGAGCCGCGAGAGUUUGAUUAUGCUACUAAAGAAGCAAAUCGGGGAUAAGCAAAGGGAAAUUGAGGAAGUUGAUCGGGUAUGCGGUGAUGUGCGGAGUAAAAUUAAGAGUUUGGUCGCGGACGUGGCCAUGGACGCUGUUUCUGAGCCCGAGAUUGAAGCGAGGGAAGAAGUUGAAGAGAUUAAACGUACUGAUGUUGUAAGUGAUUUUUUACAGAGUCUAUAA